AUGAAGCUCGCUCGCACAGCGGCGUUGCUGCAGGUAGUAGUAGCCCUGCUUUUUGCACACAGCUUCGCUCUGUCGGAAGAACAUGCAGGAAGGGGAGAAGGAGAAGGAGAAGGAGUUGGAGAAGAGAAAGGUCCCCCAGCUUGCCCUCUCCUGCUCCAGAGCAGCGGGAAGUGUGAUGGAGAGGACUGUCCCUACCAGGUGAACUUCCCUCCCCUGAGCAUCCAGCUGCCCAGGCAGUUUCAGCUGAUGGAGAAGACCCUCCAGGAAGUGCAGCUCCUCAAAGAAACGGUCAACAGCUUGAAGAAAUCCUGCCAGGAUUGCAAACUCCAGGCCGACGACAACCGAGAGAAGGAGAGCAACGACUUUCUGCCGCCGGGCGCCGGGGGUCCCGCCAACCAGAGCGUGGGCCAAGACAACCGGGUCACGGAUCUGCAGGACAAGGUCUCCAAGCUGUCGGAGAACCUGAAGAACGCCAAGAACCAGAUCCACACUCUGCACGGCCGGCUGGAGAAAAUGAACCUGGUCAACAUGAACAACGUGGAAAACUACGUGGACAACAAAGUGGCCAACCUGACUUUUUUCGUCAACACCCUGGACCUGAAGUGCUCUUCGCAAUGUGCGGCGGUGGGACCCAGUACAGGUAGGUCGGCUUUUAUCAUCUCUAGAAGGAAUUUAGAGUGUUAGCGCUCUUGCUGCGUUGAGAACGUUGUUGAACCGGGUUAUCCAGAAGCCAGGGUUUGGGGUUUGCCUGGGUCAAAGAAUAGAA